AUGGUAAUGGUGAACCGGCGAGUUAUUAUCGAUGAGGUAGCUCGUUCUCUGCAGAUUAGUCAUGGUUCUGCUUAUCAAAUCAUUCACGAUGAGCUCGGCUUCCAUAAAAUCUGUGCAAGAUGGAUGUCAAGAAAGCUUACUACAAAGCACCAGCGCAAACCUCUUGAGGUCUGCCAACGUUUACUCGAUCGCUACGACAAUGAGGGCGAGGAACUUUUGAGCAAAAUAGUCACAGGAGAUGAAACGUGGGUCCAUCAUUACGAGACAGAAUCUAAAAGACAUAGUAUAGAAUGGAAACAUCCUGGUUCGCCAACGACGAAGAAAUUCAUGACUCAGUUUUCCGCGGAAUAA